CAACUAAAGACAUUCAUACAUAGACGUCCAUAUCUCUCGACAAGCUAAUUAAUACGGUUCCAUCACAGACUGCAUCAAUGCAAAGCAAAAUCAGACAUGUGUAAACAUGAAGAUCCAGAAGGAGCAGGCAGAGUGGAGACGAGCCAGUGAGAGAUAGCCUAGCCUUGAUCACUGUCGCGAUGGCCGCCGCCGGUGACGAGGCAGCGGCGCCGUUGCUGGAGACGGAAGAGAAGGCGGCGGCGGCGUACCGUGAGGGUUGCCCGGGGUGCGCCGUGGAUCGUCGGAAGGCGCUGAACGCCGGCGUCCCUUACAGGGAGUUCUUCCACAUCUGGAUCAUCAUCCUCGUCUCAUGUUUGUCGAUAUCAUCACUAUUCCCCUUCUUAUACUUCAUGAUAAGGGACUUUCAUAUUGCAAAAACGGUGGAAGACAUUGGAUUUUAUGCUGGUUUUGUAGGUGCCGCCUACAUGCUUGGUAGAGCUUUAACCUCCACUGGUUGGGGAGUGAUAGCAGAUCGUAUUGGGAGAAAGCCAGUUAUCGUGUUCGGAAUUUUCUCUGCGCUUUUAUUCAAUACAUUGUUCGGACUAAGUGUGAACUACUGGAUGGCAAUAUCUACACGAUUUCUUAUCGGUUCUUUAAAUGGUUUGAUAGGCCCCAUAAGGGCUUAUGCUAUUGAAAUUUGUCGACCAGAGCACCAGGCUAUUGCAUUGUCGCUUGUUAGCACAUCAUGGGCAAUAGGUCUGAUUAUUGGACCAACGAUUGGUGGAUAUCUUGCACAACCAACAGAAAAAUAUCCAAUGUUAUUUCCGACUCACUCGUUAUUUGGAAGGUUCCCGUAUUUCUUACCUUCUUUGUGUAUAUCGUUCUUCUGCUUUGUGAUUCUUAUAAGCUGCAUUUGGCUCCCGGAGACGUUGCAUAACCACAAAGCAGACAAAAUGGGAGAUCAAACGAGUGAAUCUUCUAUUUCUCAUUUGUCUGACCCAGAAGAGCUUAAUGAGCAUGGUACUAGUGCAACUACAGAUCAAAACUUAUUUAAGAAUUGGCCACUGAUGUCAUCUAUUAUUCUCUUCUGUAUCAUGUCCUUUGAGGAUAUGGCUUAUACAGAGAUAUUCUCUCUAUGGGCUGAAAGUGACAGAAAGUAUGGUGGCCUAAGUUUCUCAACUGAGGAUGUUGGUCAAGUUCUUGCCAUUUCAGGUGCUAGCAUUUUCGCAUACCAAAUAUUUAUUUACCCUCGUAUCCUGGGAGUUGUCGGACCAAUCAAAGCUUCUCGCAUUGCGACGAGUCUAUCUAUGGUGCUUAUUCUUACCUACGCACCUAUCACAUAUCUCUCAAGACCUUGGUCACAAAUAGCAGUAACCAUUGCCUCAAUUCUUAAGAAUAAUUUCGUGAGUACCGUCUUUACAAGUAGUUUCAUUCUUCAGAAUAAUUCUGUGACUCAAAAUCAAAGAGCAACUGCGAAUGGAUUAGCCACCACUUUAAUGUCCUUCUUCAAAGCAUUCGCUCCAGCAGGAGCUGGCAUUGUGUUUUCGUGGGCACAGAGACGGCAACAUGCGUUCUUCUUCCCAGGUGAUCAGAUGGUGUUCUUCCUUUUGGCUGUUGUGGAGCUUGUGCAGCUGGUCUGGACAUUCAAGCCAUUUCUAGCCGUGCCACAACAAUUCUCUUCAAGUUAAUUAGCGCUCCGCGUUCAUAUAUCUGUGUGAUAAAAUUUAUGAAGAUUAAUUGGAGUGUGAAAAAUUAAGAAGAGAGUGUACACAAUACUGGCCAGUAGAUGUGAUCAGGGAGUAAGUAAUGAGAAAAAUAAUAAGAACAAUGGGAGUGAUGUGAUGAUCAGAGUAACUACUGGCACAGCAAUUUUCUUAUUCAGACUAGUGUACUGAUUAUGCAUGAGCUAGCUGCAAAGUGCAAACAAAUGUUUGAAUUCUUGUCCUGAUCAUACACAUGCACUCCCUCCGUUCCUAGCUAAUAUAAGAUUAAUUGGUUU